AUUGACGGAAGUUCUGAAGCUGCCAUUGUAGUAUGGUAGCUUGUAGUUGGUGAGUGGCGAGUGUAACCGGCUGGAUUGAAAUAAAAGUAGUAAAAGUGUUUUCAAAUCGGCGUGGAAAAAUAGCAUGCGAAUGUUGCGACUAAAACAAGAGAUUAUGGAUGAUGAUGAAAAGGGACAGCCACACCAAAGUAGCAUAGCUCCAUACAUUGAUGACUCUCAUCCUGGAUACAAACUCUUUGUGGGAGGAUUAUCCUGGGAGACGACCCAGGAUAAUUUACAAAGAUACUUCUCCAGAUAUGGGGAAGUAAUUGACUGUGUGGUCAUGAAGAAUGCAGAAUCUGGAAGAUCGAGGGGAUUUGGCUUCGUCACAUUUUCAGAUCCAGCCAAUGUAAAUGUUGUUUUACAGAAUGGACCACAUACUCUGGAUGGAAGGACAAUUGAUCCCAAACCAUGUAACCCAAGAACACUGCAGAAGCCAAAGAAAGGUGGGGGUUAUCCCAAAGUAUUUUUGGGAGGUUUGCCAUCAAAUGUUACUGAGACUGACCUCAGAAGUUUUUUCACAAGAUUUGGAAAGGUUAUGGAAGUAGUUAUAAUGUAUGAUCAAGAAAAGAAAAAAUCAAGAGGAUUUGGUUUUCUGUCCUUCGAGGAUGAGGAAGCAGUUGAUAGAUGUGUACAAGAGCAUUUUGUUAAUUUAAAUGGAAAGCAGGUGGAGAUCAAGAAGGCUGAACCGCGCGAUGGAUCUGGUGGUAACAAAAUGGGCGGAGACCCAGCGUCAGCGUGGGGACCUCCUCAAGCUCCAAUGGGGAUGAUGCAAGGCCCCAAUGGACAGAUGGGUGGCCCUCCAAUGAACAUCGGCGCGCCGAUGGGUCCCAAUAUGAUGCAAAGCUACCAAGGUUGGGGCACCUCGCCACAGCAACAAAGCUAUGCAAGCUAUGGCACACCAUCUGGACCUGGUUCUUAUCAAGGAUGGGGAGCUCCUCCAGCACCUCAAGGCCCGCCUCCACAAUGGGGCAAUAACUACGGUGGACCACCACAACAACAAGGUUAUGGUUCUUAUGGUCCAAGUGCGGGUAGUGGAACAGCCAAUUGGAAUAGUUGGAAUGUGGCUCAAAGUAACGGUUCGAGUGGCCCCUCAGGUUACAUCGCUGGCGAUAUGUACUCCAGAGGUCAAUCGGGGCCAGCUGGUCCUGGUACACCGAGCGGUCCCCCCAACAUGUCAUCGUCAGGCACCAAUUCAAAGCCCGGAUCUGACUACAAUUAUGCAGGUUAUGGAUCAUAUUCGACCGAAGCAGGUUACGGCGCCCCACCAAGGUCAUAUGGCAGUGACGCAGGCUCCCAAGUAGGAGGAUAUUCAUCGCAACCCCCAAAUCCAGUUGGAAACGUGUUGGCUUGAUAAACAUGAAGAGAGCAGCCGGACUGGUCACUCCUGCCAAACUCAAUUACUCUGAUUAGACAGACAAAUGAUUCACCGGCAUCUUCACCAUCUGUUAGUUUAGCAUCACUGUUGUAGUCGAUGUCCGCUACUGCACGAACGGACUUACUCUUGUUGUUCUCUGUUUAUUUUAAUUUUUUUUUAAUAAAUAUUUGAUUAGUUUAUUUCUGAACUUGAUAAUCGAAUUAGUGAAAGGCGACGGGCAAUAACCAACUAUAAAUGCUGUUUAAAAUUCCAAUUUGGGUAGACAAAAAUUGAUCUAGAUCUGAUGUAGACGGUAGAUAGAUCAAUAAAAGCUUACAAUAUACUGAAGUAUUCGUUUCCAUGAAUAUAUUCUGAUAUUCAUGAUUUCUUUGCUGUUAUGUUUAUAGUCUAAGAGCUAGAGCCGAAAAAUUAUCGUCAUAAGUAAUAUGGAGUUUGGCAUGUGAAAUGUGUCUAUUGUAUAUUGAUUAUUAUGACCCCUUUCAGGCUGACACCUCAGUGGAUACAGGAAGUAGCAAUAAGGGAUGAAAGGGGAAAGUUAGUGUAGUCUUUAAAGGUUUUCACCUCCUAUUUUGUUAAACCUCCAUCGAUUUGCAUGAAAAUUGGUGACUAGUUAGAACAUACCUCAGGAAAUAAAAGUGAUUUGGUGCCAACUUGCACUUUUACCCUGGGGGUGGAUACCACCCCUUCUCGGGGGUGAAAACGAUUUUAUUAAAAAUUACCCCACAAAUCGAUAGAGGGACAAUUGUUAUAUCAUGUUAUUAAAAUAAAUCAAUACUUUUUGAGUUAUUAAAAAUCAGAGAUUUGUCUGUUUAAGGGCACAUGCGUGAAGUUACGGAUAAUAAAAAGAACAUAUUAAUUAAUUGUAUGUUACUAAAAUAUUAUUUUUAUAUUAUUUCGAUAUUAUAAAUUUAGCAAAAGUGUGAUCGAAUAUGUCAAAUGUACCCAUUAUUGGACACACCCAGUUUCUGGACAUAUUCAGUUUAUAAUGAAAAAAAAAUUCAAUUAAAUAUCGAAAUAAUAUAAAAAUAAUAUUUUACUAACGUACAAUUAAUUAACAUGUUCUUUUUAUCAUCCGUAACUUCACGCAUAUUAUGCUUUUAAAUAGACAAAUCUUUGAUCUUUAAUAACUCAAAAAGUAUUGAUUUAUUUUAAUAACAUGAUAUAACAAAUUUUACUUAAAAUUUGUCCCUCUAUCGAUUUGUGGCGUUAUUUUUAAUAAAAUAGUUUUCACCCGCGGGAAGGGGUGGUAUUCACCACCAGGGUAAAAGUGCAAGUGGCACCAAAUCAGUUUUGUUUCUUGAGGUAUGCUCUAACUAGUCACCAAUUUUCAUGCAAAUCGAUGGAGGUUUAACAAAAUAGGAGGUGAAAACCUUUAAUGACUGCACUAACUUUCCCCUUUCAUCCCUUAUUUCUACUUCCUGUAUCCACUGAGAUGUCAGCCUGAAAGGGGUCUUAAUUGUCAAUAUACAAUGGACACAUUUCACAGGAAAAACUCCAUAUUACUUAUGACGAUGAGUUUUCGGCUCUAGCUCUCCGUCUAUUAUCCUAUGUUUGGGAAAUACAACAAGCCAGUAUAUUUAUUUUUGGCAGUAUGUAUGUUAUUCUUGCAGGUAUUGUUGGUUGUUGUCUUUGCCUAUCAAGUUGUCAAUACCCAUUGUAAUCAAAUUAGCUAUGAUAUAUUAGACGAAUUUUUUGAAUAAGCGAAAAUUUUAGUUUAACAUAAUGUUCAUCAGAUAAGGUAACUAUAGUUUCUGUUUUUUCUUAGAAAUGGAAGAUUUAUCAUAUCGUUCUAUAUUACCAGACAGACAGAACUGUUGACUAUUUUUAAGCUCCGCUCAAGUUGUUAAUAAAUCUAAUAUAUUUAAAAAUGAAAAUAGGAUAUAAAUCGAAAUUUUUACCUCUAAAAUCUGUGUUUUUUCUUGAUUACGUGAUUGGAAUGUCUGCAAGGUAUUACGUUAUAUAACAAUAUAGAAUUAUUUUUUAAUCGAUUAUUUUAUACUUGACAAAUGUGAUUCUACUAUUAGUCAGUAAGUAUUUUUUUAAAGUUAGGUUCUCGAUGCAUUUACAAUAGUUAUAUAAAAGAUUUCGUAUUAAUUUAUUAUAGUUUCGAGGUAAUACAUCUUUAUGUAAGUUCACUGUUUCUAGUCUGUUUUCUCUGUUACACAGGAUGACUCGAUACCUAACACUAUGCCUCCAUUCACCAAAAAAAUCAAAAUUUAAACAUUUUAAUUAAUAUAAUUGAAAUAUAUUAACGACUAUAUUUAAUGAUACAGUAAUUAAACAUGGAUUUAGCUGACUUUUCUGAAGUUUUGUAUACAUGCAUUCUUCAAAUAAAUUAUUUUAACUAAAUUUUAAUCUCUUAUCCCGAAAUUUUGAGGAACUUUCUGGUUGCAUUUUCUUCGUUCAAGUCUUUGUGUUUCUGUGGGAAAGAAAAAGGACGUCAUACAGCUCUCAUUAGAAUCACGGGAACAUUUUAAUGAUGAUAUUUUAUAAUAUUUAUUUGAUACUGACUACUUUAAAGAAAUAGAUUCUUUCAGAGUGUAAUAUCAAAUUUUGGACAUCCAUUUUAGUGGUUUUGUAUGAUCCCUUGCCAACAUUUAGCCCAGUUCAUAAUUAUUUAUAAACGCAAUGGCAAUGGUUUGUAUGCGGUACCACAUUUUUCACUGUACCACUGGUUUGACAGAAUUGUGUUUAAAGCGUUACAAAAAAAAAUAUUUUGGGGGACACCGAUAGUUAGGUGCAGAGACAUCCUGUGUACUAAGUUGUGUAGUUUGUACAUAUUCAAAUAAAUGAUACUUAUUUUUUAUCUAAGUUAUCUUUAGUGGUUCCCACCUGCAGACAUUCUAAUUUAGAGGAACGAAAUUGUCUAGGAGUUAAGCACAAAUGAUAUUUUUCAUGUUUAAAUUAAUUAAUUGAACGUAUGGUAACAUCAAGUAUUUUUUAGGAUUGGUUGUAUAUAAUAGUUCCACAUAUUGUUUUUUGUUAUUUUUAUCUUCGAGAUACGAUUUUUCGGUAUUUAUUCUGAAAAUAGAGUAAAUAAAUAUUUGACAUUUUUUAAGUA